UCUUGCUCUGGACAGCGGGGGCAAUACCCAAUCCACUUCCGAGUUAUAGAGGAAAGUCACGCUCAGUUUUUCACUUCUCACCAAACUCUCGUUCGUUCUCGACAUCUCUCUCUCAUGGCGAACACGGACAGCGUUAAUCCGAAUCGUCCGUCUAUCGACCCCACCACUGGCUUCUGUGCUGCAACCAAGACCUUUCACAGCAUCCGUCCAACAAUCCCUCUCCCUCCUCUCUCCCGCCCUCUCUCCUCCGCGUCCUACUCUCUCUCUCUACUCUCUUCAUCUCCCCUCCCUUCAUCUCCCGCCUUCGUCAACUCCACCUCAGGACAGACCCUCUCCUACGACGAUUUCAUCCUCCGCACCCAAUCCCUGUCCUCCGUCCUCAAACCCCUCCUCUCCCGAGGACAGACCGCUCUCAUCCUCGCCCCUCCGUCACUCCACAUCCCUGUCCUCUACUUCUCUCUCAUCUCCAUCGGUGUCGUCGUCUCCCCUUGCAAUCCAGCCUCCACCCCUCCCGAGAUUUCCUGCCAAAUCCACCUCAGCCGCCCUGUUAUCGCCUUCGCCACGUCAGCGUCCGCGCCCAAGCUCCCUCCUUCCCUCCCCACCAUCCUCCUCGACUCCCCCCUCUUCCUCUUCCUGAUCGCGCCACGUGGCGCCUCCGGUGCCGUCAACUCCACCUCGGAUGGGCUCAGCCAGUCGGAUGCUGCGGCUAUCCUAUACUCGUCGGGGACGACCGGGAAAAUCAAGGGGGUGGUGCUGACCCACCGGAAUAUCAUAUCACUAGUGACCGGGAUCUACGCCGGGCGGCAGGAACGGGCGGCACCGGCGGUGUUGCUAGUGACGGCGCCGCUGUUCCACGUGAUCGGAUUCUUCUACUGCUUUAAGGCGGUGGCGAUGGGGGAGACGAUGGUGAUUAAGGAGAGGUUUGAGAUGGGGAAGAUGGUGAGGGCGGUGGAGGAGUUCAAGGUCACGCACAUGUCAACAGCGCCGCCGGUGUUGGUGGCAAUGACGAAGGUGGGUGCGGUGGAUCCGUACAGAUUGAGGUCGCUCGAGUGGCUGUUCUCCGGCGGGGCGCCGCUCAGUAAAGAGUUGAUCCAGCGGUUCAAGGCCAGGUUCCCGGCCAUCCAACUGGGCCAGGGGUAUGGAAUGACGGAGUCGACUGGACCAGUUUUCCGGACAAAUUCACCUGAAGAAACUCGGCGUUAUGGUUCGGUAGGGCGGCUUUCAGCCUACACGGAAGCGAAGAUAAUGGAUCCCGUAACGGGCAUUGCUUUGCCUCCAUGCAAGCAAGGAGAGCUUUGGGUUAGAAGUCCUACAGUCACCAGAGGUUAUGUUGGUAAUGAAGCGGCGACGGCUGCAGCUUUGGAUCCGGAAGGGUGGUUGAAAACCGGCGAUCUCUGUUACAUUGACAAUGACGGAUUCCUGUUUGUCGUCGAUAGGUUGAAAGACUUAAUAAAGUACAAGGCCUACCAGGUUCCUCCAGCAGAAUUGGAGCACUUGCUUCAAUCACACCCAGAUAUCGCUGAAGUGGCCGUAAUUCCGUACCCAGAUGAAGAAGCAGGCCAAGUGCCCAUGGCAUUUGUGGUGAGAAAACCUCAAAGCACCCUUGACGAUAAGCAAGUCAUGGAUUUUGUUGCCAAACAGGUUGCACCAUACAAGAAAAUACGACGAGUUUCAUUCAUUGAUUCCAUACCCAAGACUGCAGCUGGCAAAAUUCUAAGGAAGGAUUUGGUAAAGCUUGCAACGUCAGUCUCUGCAGCCUCAAAGUUGUGAAUAAUUCUACAGUUUAUGAUAUUUUCAUUGUUGAAUACUGCAAUUAAACGGUAAUUUUCGAAUUGGAUUUUAAGCUUAAUUUUCAAAUUUAGAAAAGUACAUUUCUGGUCAGUGUUUGGUGUGAGUGUCCUAUACUAAUUGGGUAUCUUAUGUUGGCAUUUAGAAAAAGAAGAACAUUGCUAUUUGUAGAGUUCGCUGGAAUAGAAAUUAUACACUGUUUUUCAUAGUUUGCAUGAAUUUAUAUAUGCAUGUCUGCCUGUAAUAGAAGAAGAACAUUGCUAUUUGUAGAGUUCGCUUGAAUAGAGAGCAGGGAAAGGAAAAAAAAGAAAACUUUGCAUAGUGUUUUCUAUAUUAU